AAGUUUUACUUUCGUUCUGAGCGGUUAUAAUAAUAAGCACGAAUACACAUAUGUAUGUAUACAUAUGUGUAUAUGUAUCACGUGUUCACGAGAUCGCUAAUCCCACUCCAACCUAAAGUGAGUCAACUGAUACUAUCAAGUGAUUACGUCCCAUUAUAUAUAUUUGCGUCGUACUAUUGACUGAUGCAGCUUAGUGGUUCACUGCGCGCCGUACACUUAUCACCGUGUCGGUGAAUCAAGAUAUCAUCGAGGUUGAGACGAUUUUUUUUCGACGAGACGGAAGACACAGAUAAUUAUUAGUGGCAUGUCAACCGCGCGGGCUACGUCGUACUUGCAGACAGGCAAUUAUGGAUCGCUGGCUCGGUAAAACCGCACUCGUUACCGGCGCUGCAACCGGCAUCGGCGAAGCAAUUACACGGGCUCUUCUGCGAAACGGAGUGAACGUAGCUGCUGCGGAUAUCCAGAAGGAAAAAUUGGCGAGACUGCUUGCCGAUGUUACCAAUCGGGAAGGUUUCGGCAGGCUAUACACCAUGUGUUGCGAUAUGAGCAAGGAGGAGGACAUUGACAAAGUGUUCGCGCAUAUCGAGAACGCGUACGGCGGUGUGGACAUUAUGAUCAACAACGCUGGUGUCAUCGAUUACACCCGCAUGGUCGAGAGCGACAGGAAGACAUUUGAAAGGCUGUUAAAUAUUAAUGUCCUCGCAGUCGCUACGUGCGUCAACAAGGCGGUGCGCUCGAUGCGCGGCCGAAACGUCGAAGGGCAUGUUUUCAAUGUCAACAGCAUUUUGGGCCACGAGAUCCCGACGAAACCUCUCUCAGAAAUCACUGGCUCUAAUGGUUUUAACUUGUAUCCCGCGACUAAACACGCAACUGUCGCUCUAACUCACACUGUGCGGCGGGAAUUAGCGGUGAUGAAAUUACCUAUUCGCAUCACGAGUAUUAGCCCUGGUCUCGUAAGAACGGAGAUAGCUAAACACAACGUCGAGUUACGAGACAUUUUCGACGAGAUACCAGCUCUUAUGCCGAGUGACGUAGCGGACGCGCUUAUUUAUGCUCUCGCAACGCGACCGGAAGUCCAGAUCACGGAGCUCACCAUCCAGCGUACGGGGGAGUUUUAAAGUAUGAAGAAUGUUUUCAGCAAAAUGCCCCCAUAUCUUGGCGCAUCAACAACUUUACAAGAAACUCACGCUAAUAAUAAAGUAAGAAACUCCGCGUCGUAAGCUAAGCUGUCAUCAUGUUUUUGCAUUGUAUAAAUAUAAAAUUCUUUCCCCCAAUUGGCUCCUCGCUCCAAUUUUCUUGACUCUGUGAGUGUGCGAAACAAAGUGGAAAAUUCAUUAAACAUUUUAUUAAUUAAAAGAAAACUACGACACUUUAUGGAAAGAAAGCUUUGUAUCAUUCUUCGCAAUUGUAGAUAGUUAUAUUUGAAGAAAAAUAUGGCGCGUAUCACUUUAUCACUUUGUGUCGCACUAAAACAAAGUCGCUCAAUAUUUCUCAGAUGUCGUUCUCUUAUUCUCGUCUAUUUAGAUUAUCUCCAUCGCAAAAAUGUCGCUUAGAGCAAUUGAAAGUAAUAAAUCGUUUGUUCUCACUACGAA